CGAUGGGAUGAUCCUGGUACGUGGUUUGAAGACAGUGCCCAGAGAUAAUUAUUAAAUCUUUCGAAGAAAAUAGAAGUUUCAUUACCUACAUGAACCGAAAUAAUGGAUACUUUUAUUUUCUUUUGCAACGGAAAUAAGAUUAUUGAUCCCAAUGUCGACAACGAAGAAACUCUCCUGAGUUACUUGAGGACCAAACUGCGACUUACUGGCUCCAAGUGGGGCUGUGCAGAGGGCGGAUGUGGUGCGUGUACAGUUAUGGUAUCCGAGUACGAUCCUGAACACGAUGAAAUCAGCCACGUAUCAGUGAAUGCAUGCCUGACACCAGUGUGUUCGCUUCACUUGAAGGCUGUUACAACUAUUGAAGGAAUCGGAAGCACAAAGACAAAACUGCAUCCUGUUCAAGAACGAAUUGCAAAAUCACACGGAUCACAAUGUGGUUUUUGCACACCUGGAAUUGUUAUGUCUAUGUACACGUUGCUACGAAACAACCAAUUGCCAAGCAUGGAAGACAUCGAAACCACAUUACAAGGAAACCUCUGCCGGUGCACAGGCUAUCGUCCUAUACUCGAAGGCUUUAAAACUUUCACAAAAAAGAAUGGAUGCUGUAAAGAACAGGCGAAUGGUUGUUGUAAAUCUACCGUUAACUCUACAGGUGACCUUAGUGAAGGCAAUAGCAGUAUUAAUGGCAUAUGUUCAAGGCUAUUUGAACCGGAAAGUUUUACCCCGUAUGAUGCUACAAUGGAUAUUAUUUUCCCGCCUGAAUUAAUAAUGAUACUAAAGGCAUCUAAACCGCAGUUUCUGCAAUUCAUUGGAAAAAGGUUAAAAUGGUUGCAACCAGUUACUCUUCAACAAGUAUUAGACGUCAAGGCGGAAUACCCGGACGUUAAAUUCACCGUUGGUAACACGGAAGUCGGAGUGGAGGUAAAAUUCAAGAACAGUUUUUAUCCAAUAAUCUGUUCUUGUACGCAAGUUUCUGAGAUGAAUCGACUCGAUGUUGAUGCUGCUGGGGUGCGCAUAGGAGCAUCUGUGACGCUUACCAGACUUUAUAAAUUCCUUCAAGUUCAGCAACAAACUCUUCCAGUCGAAAAAUGUAAAUCGUUCGUGGCAUUUUUAGAAAUGAUUCAUUGGUUUGCAGGGGAUCAGAUACGAAAUGUGGCAUCUAUUGGAGGAAACAUCGUCACUGGCAGUCCUAUCUCAGAUCUUGUACCCAUCCUGAUGGCUGCGCGUGCGACCAUCGAACUGGUAUCAACAAAAGGAAAUAGGAGAAUAGUUAAGAUUGACAAUGAGUUCUACACUGGGUACAGACAAAAUGCAAUGAGAGCAGAUGAAGUUUUAUCAAGUGUACAUAUACCCUUCACAAAUGAGAACGAAUUUAUAUAUGCAUACAAGCAAGCUCACAGACGAGAUGAUGAUAUAGCGAUUGUGAACGCAGCAAUGAGAGUUAGGUUCGACUCGAGUCAUAGUAAAGUUACUGAAUGUUCCUUAGCGUUUGGUGGAAUGGCUGCUACAACAAAACUCGCUCUUAAAACUGGAAAAGCGGUCAUUGGACGAGCUUGGAACCAGUCGCUAUUGGAGGAUGUUUGCACCUGCCUUGCUGAUGAGAUGUCUCUUCCUCCCGGCGCACCUGGUGGGAUGGUGGAAUAUAGACAAUCACUCACUUUAAGUUUCUUCUUCAAGUUCUACAUGACAGUUAAAAAUCACUUGGCACAGUUUGAUUGUAAAUCAUCAAAACAUUCGACGACAGAUAAUUUGGUGGCCUUUCAUCGGGGUGAAAUAAUGAGUACACAGUUAUUUCAGGAAGUACCUAGCAACAGAUCUCCAAAUGAUGCAGUUGGACGUCCAAUAGCACACACGUCCUCCUUCCAGCAAGCGACAGGAGAAGCAGUGUAUGUGGACGAUAUGAGGUCACUUCAAGAUGAAUUAUUUAUGGCGUUGGUUUGCAGUCAGCAUGCUCAUGCUAACAUCAUAUCUGUCGAUUUUUCAAAAGCUCUGGCCCUAGAUGGCGUGCAUGCUUAUAUUGAUCAUAAAGACGUACCUGGCAACAACUUGAUUGGUGUCAUUGUCAGAGAUGAAGAAGUUUUCACAAAGAAAGAGGUGACGUGUUGUGGUCAGGCAAUUGGUGGUAUAGUUGCUAAAGAUCGGAAGACCGCGCAACGAGCAGCAAAACUGGUCAAAAUAGAAUAUGAGGAUCUGGAGACGAUAGUCACAAUCCAGCAAGCCAUAAAUAGACAAUCAUACUUAGGCGAACCAAAGAUUUUUCAAAAUGGUGACAUUGAAGAAGGUUUCAGAAAAUCAGAGCAUAUUUUGGAAGGCGAGAUGCGAGUUGGAGAACAAGAACAUUUUUAUUUAGAAACCAACAGCUGCAUUGUCAUACCGAAGGGUGAGAAAGGAGAAAUGGAAGUGUAUUCGGCUACUCAAAGCCCGAGUGAUGUUCAGCAUGAUGUAUCCAGAGUUCUUGGAGUUCCAUCAAAUAGAGUAGUUGUGAAAGUGAAACGAGUUGGGGGAGGAUUUGGCGGUAAAGAAACAAAAGCAGGUCUUUUAGCUGCUAGAGCGGCCGUUGCAUCGCAUAAACUGAAUAGACCAAUACGAUGUGUACUUGAUCGAGAUGAGGACAUGGGUUCUACAGGAACACGGCACGCAUACCUAGGUCGGUACAAAGUUGGCUUCUCAAACGAUGGUAGAAUAUCUGCUCUGAAGUUGAAUCUGUAUUCAAAUGGAGGGAACAGUGUGGAUUUAACAUUUUCAGUCAUGUUUAAAUCGCUUAGCCAUGCGGAUUGCUGUUACAACAUUCCGAACAGAAAGAUUACAGGCUAUAUGUGCAGAACCAACAUCCCCUCAAAUACAGCAUUCAGGGGGUUCGGCGCGCCGCAGAGUAUGAUGCUUAUGGAGAACAUUGUAAAUGACGUAGCUACAUUUCUCAAAAUAUCACAUGAAAAGGUACGUGAGAUAAAUAUGUACGAGGAAGGUGACUAUACCCACUAUAUGCAGAAGGUAGAGAAUAUAACGCUAAGAAGAUGCUGGGACGAGUGCGUUCAAAAGAGUAACUACGAACAUAGAAAACAGAAAGUGGUGGAAUUUAACAGGUUGAACCGGUGGAAGAAGCGUGGUUUAUACAUUAUCCCGACUAAAUUUGGUAUAGGAUUUGAGGCAAGAUUCCUAAACCAGGCGGGGGCACUGGUAAUGGUGUAUACUGAUGGCUCUGUUCUGCUGACACAUGGUGGUGUGGAGAUGGGUCAAGGGUUGCACACGAAGAUGACCCAGGUUGCCAGCCGAGAACUCGGUAUAUCCAUCGAUAAGAUCCACAUCAGCGAAACUUCAACGAAUACCGUCCCGAACACGUCACCAUCGGCUGCUAGUACGUCGUCUGACCUCAAUGGAAUGGCAGUCAGGAAUGCUUGCAGGGCCAUUCGGGAACGUUUGGUACCAUUCAAGAAAGACAACCCGAAAGGAACAUGGGAAGAUUGGGUAAUCUCAGCGUAUAAGAAGGGAGUAAGUUUAUCUUCCACUGGUUAUUAUGAAAACACCAAAGCAAAUUACGACUUUGGAAACAACAAAGGGCAGGCAUACUACUAUUAUACGUACGGUGUUGGCGUAUCGGAGGUUGAAAUUGACUGUCUUACGGGUGAUCAUCAGGUUCUCAGGACUGAUAUAGUAAUGGAUGUCGGCGAUAGUCUUAAUCCUGCCAUAGAUAUUGGACAGAUUGAAGGAGCCUUCAUCCAAGGGUAUGGUUUGUUCACUCUUGAAGAGCACAGAUGGAGCCCUUCUGGUAGGCUCCUUACAAAAGGUCCCGGAUUUUACAAGAUACCCGGAUUCUCUGACAUCCCAGUCGAGUUCAAUGUAAGUCUUCUGGCAGGAGUUCCAAAUGACAGCGCCGUAUGCUCAUCCAAGGCAAUAGGGGAGCCGCCUCUGUUCUUAGCAUCAUCUGUGUUUUAUGCAAUCAAAGAUGCAAUUGCUUCGGCCAGAUCGGAUGCAGGUGUUGAUGGGAUCUUUCGCCUGGACAGUCCUGCGACCGCUGAAGUCAUUCGAAUGGCUUGCGUAGACGAGUUUACAAAACCAUUUCCAGAAUCAGAACCUGGCACCUUUACGCCAUUCUUUGUGCGUUCGUAAGGUGUGCGUCGUAAUGAGAGAUGUACGUCUACAAGAAUCCGGUUACUAAGGAUUUUGUGAUUACAUGUUGGCAAACUUAAUAAUGGCCAUUUCCACUAAACCCCACCCCUUUUAUAUUGUUGCCAAGGUCCCACAACGAUAAUGUAAAAGCAUUCGCACACACGCACAGACUGCGUUUGUGGGAUAACCGCGUGUUAUAGGACACGCGCGUAUACUGGCCCUCUUCUGAUUGGUCAGUUAAGUUUGAUUAACACCCUUGAAAGGUUCACUCUACCACUGUUGAUGGAAAAACGUUUCUCUAGGUUUGAAUUAUAAUUAACAGAAUUAAAUAAAGAAAAUGGUAUGUACAG